UUUAAAUCCUUUCUUUUAACAUUACUAAACUGCUAUCAAAUUCUCAUGUUCACUCGUUAUAAUUCAUUAGAAUAAGAGAUAUGGAGAUUGAGCGGGAAGUGCUUUCCUACUCUUAUUUCUACUAUCUAAAAUAUUUUGCAUUCUCAUCAACAUUCUCCGCUUCAAGGAGUACUAUUUUCCAUCUCCAUCCUCGAAGAUCUGCAGUUUUUGUAGAGAUCCGUCAAAUUUCUAUUAUUUUCUAUUAAAUUAGUUGAAACAUCACAUAUAAAUAAAAUUUAUACUCAUUGUUUAAAAAUAUAAAUAAAUAUAUAAAAUACUUGAAUAUACACAUAGAUGUUAAUAAAAUGUUGAGAAAUGAAGUCUCAGAAGGAAAUGGAGGAUAAAAUCCAUCCUUAAACCUUUGUUGAGGGACUUUCUCUCUCAUUCUCGCAGGAUAACAUUCCCCAAGAUGGCAUUAAGAAAUUUCUUCAGCUAUGAUCAAAUUCGGAUAAUGUGACCCAGCAAAAUUAUCCUUAUUGAAGAAUAUUUAUUGGUGAUCCACAUAGGGACUAGAGAGGAAAGUAUAAAAAAUGAAUUAUUGAAGUGUUUGUGGAACACUCUUCCAAAUAUAGAAAAUUAAAACAAUAUCUAAAUGAUUGUGAUUGGAAUGAAAUUAAUGGAAUUAAUCGUAGGUUUUAUUUUCUAGGUAGAUAUAUUAACCACUAACUAAACAUCAUAGGUUUUAUUUUAUACGUAGAUAUAUUAACCACUAACUAGACAAAUGGUUGUUAACUCUGAGAGAUACUACAUGAAUCGCAAAUUUAGGCAAGGAAACUUUAAUUGCCAAAUUAAGGCAGUGAAAACCAUGGUUGAAACAACCCUCUAAAAUUAGAGACACGACAAUGGGUUGAGAAUUUGAGACAAAGAAAACAUGUUCUAAUUUUAUGUCACCAACAUUUUGUAUAAAGGUUAUUCCUAUUGUGGAUUAUUCAGAAAUAUUUGCAUAGCCUCUCAUAUAUGGCUUAAUACACACAUUUCAUUCUUCUGUCUCUCAAGAUAAUUAUAUCCCUUCUUAAUUUAUCUUCUUCCCCCUUCCUUCUUAAUUACCUCUCUAUAAGCAACCUUGGAGUGUAUACCAAGGUGGCGUCUUCACAAAAUGCAAGCCCCAGGCUGCUUUCUCUUGUUCUCAUUUGUCUUCUUUUCAUCAACAUCAAUUUUAUCCCAUGCACUUUCACAUGAAGAAGCUUCUUUUAUUGCCCGUCGUCAAUUGUUACACCUUCAAGAAAGCGAGGAUUUACCUGAAAAUUUCGCAGAUAACUAUACAACAAAUUUAACUUUUCCUCAUCCUGGAAUCAAAAGUGCUUACAUAGCACUUCAAGCAUGGAAAAAUGCAAUUUAUUCAGACCCAUCAAAUGUUACGAUGAAUUGGGUGGGUCCUGAUGUAUGUUCUUACCAGGGAAUUUUUUGUGCACCUUCUCUUAAUGAUUCAAAAGUUCAAGUUGUAGCUGGAAUUGAUCUUAAUAAUGCAGACAUUGCAGGUUAUAUUCCUUCAGAGUUUGGUUUGUUGACUGAUCUUGCUCUUUUUCAUAUAAACACAAAUAGAUUUUGCGGUAUUAUCCCAAAAAGCUUCUCCAGGUUAAAGCUUUUGUACGAGAUGGAUAUUAGUAACAAUCGCUUUGUUGGAAGAUUUCCUACACCUGUUCUUUCAAUUCCUGAUAUCAAAUACCUUGAUAUCAGGUACAAUGAAUUUGAAGGAGAAAUUCCUUCCGAGCUUUUCAAUAAACCACUCGACGCUAUAUUUAUGAAUAACAAUAGAUUCACAUCAACAAUUCCAGAUAAUUUGGGAAAUUCUCCUGCAUCAGUUGUUGUUUUGGCCAAUAACCAUCUUAGUGGGUGUAUUCCUGGAAGCAUCGGUGAGAUGAAACAUACAUUGAAUGAAAUUGUUUUAAUCAACAACAAUCUCACCGGUUGUUUGCCUUCAGAAAUGGGAAAGCUUGAACAAGUCACUGUUUUUGACGUGAGUCAAAAUUUGUUUGUCGGUAUGUUGCCAAAGACAUGUAAGGGACUCAAGAAAGUGGAAAUUUUGUCUAUUGCACAUAACAAACUAACAGGUUUUGUUCCAAAAAAUAUCUGUAGUUUGUCUAAUUUGGGGAACUUUACAUUCUCAAAUAACUAUUUCAAUGGUGAGGAAGAAGGUUGUGUGCCUCCUGGAAAAGACAUUUUGUUGGAUGAUAGUUAUAAUUGUGUACCUGACAGACCAAAACAAAAGACAGCAAAUGAUUGCAAUGUUGUUAUAAGCAAACCUGUUGAUUGUAGCAAGGCACAAUGUACUAAAGGUAGCCAAUCUCACUCACAUUCCCCACCAAGUGAUCAACAUCAAACACCAACACCUUAUGUUCCAAAGCCAGAGCCAAAACCUUCAACUCCUUCAAAUCCUCCAAGCGAGAACCCAACGCCUUCGGUGCCAAAGCCACAACCACAACCUACCCCAUCUCCCUCAAAGCCACAACCCAAACCUACACCUACACCUUCCAACCCCUCACCAAAGCCAACACCAUCAACACCAAAGCCAACACCUACACCUUCCAAAUCUUCACCAAAGCCAACACCGUCAACACCAAAUCCAAAGCCAACACCUACACCUUCAACACCAAGUGAGAAGCCACAAUCCAAACCAACCCCAUCACCAUCCAAUCCCACACCAAAUGAGAAGCCUACACCAAAGCCACAACCCAAACCAACUCCAACUCCAUCCAAUCCACCCCCAAGUGAGAAGCCUACACCAAAGCCACAACCAAAACCAACUCCAACCCCGUCCAAUCCACCACCAAGUGAGAAGCCUACACCAAAGCCACAGCCAAAACAAACUCCAACUCCGUCAUCACCAUCCAAUCCACCAUCAAGUGAUAAGCCAAAACCAAAACCACCACAAACCCCUCCCACACCUCAAGCAGAACCAUCUGAAGAAGAUGAGGGUCCUAUCAGACAAGCACCUAAAACAAAGAAUACAAGAUCUCCUCCCCCACCAAUUCAAUCCCCGCCACCACCAGUCCUCUCACCACCACCGCCACUAGUUCACUCACCACCACCUCCUGUUCAUUCACCACCUCCACCGGUACACUCCCCACCACCUCCUGUUAAUUCACCUCCUCCACCAGUUCACUCCCCACCUCCACCGGUACAUUCUCCUCCUCCUCCCAUCCACUCUCCACCACCCCCGAUUAGAUCCCCACCACCACCUGUUUACUCCCCACCACCACCUGUUCACUCUCCUCCUCCGCCAGUUCACUCUCCACCCCCGCCUGUUCAGUCUCCACCACCACCAAUUUUCUCACCGCCACCACCGGUCUACUCUCCACCUCCACCUACUGCAUCACCACCUCCUGUUUAUGCACCACCUCCAGGAGAUGAUGAUAUUGUUCUUCCCCCUCACUUUGGUUCUUCGUAUGCUUCACCCCCUCCACCAAUCAUUGCUGGAUACUAAAUCCACAACUUACUUCCACCUUUAUUAGAUAUUAGUCUCAAAAUCGAUGCAUCACAACGCAACAAGAAUUUCCUUUUUAUCUUGUGAAAUGAGAAUUAUUGUGGAUUCACUUUACCUGAAAGAACAAGAUGAAGAUUUCAUGAGAAAAUAGUGCUUUAAAAUUGUAAUUUAUCAUUUAUGUUUUUUGUUUUAUCGCACAAUAGUGUAAAAUUGAUAAUAUUACCCAUGUAUAAUAUACGUUAUGGACACACACAUGUACACAAACACAUGACAUAUAUACAUAGAGAUAGAGCCUUGAAGUCAUUUUGAAUUAUUUAAAUGAAGUCAUUCUUACAAAGUUAUGUAUAAGGUCGGUUGACUUUUAUUAGAUAUUUAAGUUUGCCAAAAGUAGAAAAUUUAUUUAAAAUUAAAUAUUUAAAAAUUUGUUAUAUAGUAUUGUUAAAAUAUAAGUAGAAUUACCGUGUUUUUUUCGUGUAAAUUUAUUUAUUCAAUUUUUUAUGUUUCAGUGACAAAUAAUGAUCCCGUGUAUAUUUUUAAUAAAAAAUCAUACAUUUUAUUAUGAAUAUUUAGGGUAAUUUUGUAAGCUCGAUACUAAUUACCUUUAUUAUAUUAUUAUUAUUGGUUAGUAGUAAACUUUGUAGAAAUAUUGUUUAAUGUUUAUUUUU